UCAGGAGUCGGAGAGGGCGGCCGCGGGCGCCGCCGCCUCCUCCUCCAUGACUGUUUACCCGGCUGCAUUGUGGGAGUUUGACCUCCGCCGCCAACCGCCGCCUCAGCUCGCGCCGCCGCCGCCGCCGCACACGCCAUGGGAGCCGUGACUGACGACGAGGUCAUACGGAAGCGUCUUCUGAUUGAUGGAGAUGGUGCUGGGGAUGACCGGAGAAUUAAUCUCCUCGUGAAGAGCUUCAUCAAGUGGUGCAACUCUGGAUCCCAAGAGGAGGGAUAUAGCCAGUACCAACGUAUGCUGAGCACUCUGUCUCAAUGUGAAUUUUCAAUGGGCAAAACUUUGCUGGUGUAUGAUAUGAAUCUCAGAGAAAUGGAAAAUUAUGAAAAAAUAUACAAAGAAAUAGAAUGUAGUAUUGCGGGAGCACAUGAGAAGAUUGCUGAGUGUAAAAAGCAAAUUCUUCAAGCAAAACGAAUACGAAAAAAUCGGCAAGAAUAUGACGCUUUGGCAAAAGUGAUCCAGCAUCAUCCUGACAGGCAUGAGACACUGAAGGAGCUAGAGGCUCUGGGCAAAGAACUAGAGCAUCUCUCACAUAUUAAAGAAAGUGUUGAAGAUAAGCUGGAAUUGAGACGGAAACAAUUUCACGUUCUUCUUAGUACCAUCCACGAACUUCAACAAACAUUGGAGAAUGACGACAAGCUGUCAGAGGUGGAUGAAGUUCAAGAAAGUACCAUGGAAACAGACUCUAAGCCGUAGAUGAGCUGACUGUCCCCAGUCACAGGGACAGUGGAAAGCUGCAUGGGCUUACUGGGUUUGCUUUAUUGUGCUUUCGACAUGCUUCAACUUUGGCAGUGAAAUGCUUUGCUUUUAAAUAUUAAUUCAUCUCUCACUCAUAUUCCUUCACAAAAAGGCAGUGUAUUUGGUGUAUGUGUGUUUUCUAAAUGCAUUUUUAUCCUUAAAGGUAAAAUUCAACAUCUGAAAACAUUUAACAAAAUGUCUCAAGCUGGAUCUUUGUUCUUAUUCAAAACUGGGUAGCUGGUAACAGGUGCCUCAUGAAAUCAGCUGAGGAGUCCGAGAAGAUCACGUUUGGGAUACACAUGAGGAAGCACUUUUGAAAGUGAGGGGCCAUGGGUUUCCACUCUGUUAGGAAUUGCUGGUGUAUGAGAUCAGUCCAUCUGCAUUGCUUUUCUAUGUCUCUCUCUGUUAGUGCUUGAGAAAUGUGUUUAGUAAAUGUUUCCUCUCCA